AUGGAGAAUUCUUUAAACACCCAUCUCAAAACCAAUCCUCUUCCAGAUGCGGGAACGUUGACCAGAUAUUGGGUACAGACUGCAGAUUCCAGAGUUUUGCUUCCCGAGCCCAAAUAUCUUGCAUGGAAUGAAGAAGAAGAAGAAGCAGAAGAAGAAGCAGAAGAAGAAGCAGACGGAGAACAAGGACGCAAGUUGCUUUGGACCCCGACAUGUGCAUGCAUGCUUGGAAGUCACAAUGUCACAUUUCUCAUGUUGUUCGUGGUAAAAAGGACCGAGAGAGAGAGGGAGGGAGAGAGAGAGAAAUACUUGAUAAAUUCCCUAUCUCCUUCUCCUGGCUACAGUUUUUUCCCAACUCAAGCACUUACGUAUCAAAGGAAAUACCUCGAUAACGGUAUCUCUCUGACUUCUUUCAUCACACUGCUUCAUCGUCGUCAUCGGCAUUAUCAUCAUCAUCAUCAUCAUCAUGAUCGUCACCAUCAGCAGCAGCAGCAAGCAGCAGUAGUGAUUGUGGCCCGUUAG